CACACAUGGAUCAUGAAAGUCGUCGUUAUUGUAAUCCUGAAUAUUUUGAUCGCAAUAGAAGCGAAGCACAAGUCGACAAGUACUGAUGUAUCCAGUGGGGACAGUAAACAAGACUUAACUGCAGAAGGCAGCUCCAUAGGAGACUCCGACUACCACGAUGACGAUACACAUAUACAGAGACACGGUACGAAAGUCGAAAGAGUACAUUUCGAAUCAAGACGUUGGCACAAAGGUUGUAUAAAGAAAGCAAGUAAAAUGUGUACGAAAGCAUGCGAAAGGGCUUACAAGACUGUUUGUAAAAGACUUACUGCCAUGGAGAUAUUCGUGAGUGCUGUCGCUGUCUUCUUCUAUGGUGCAAUAACACAAGCACAGGAGAUUUUAAGGGCAGGCAACGAUUUCUCCGUCUCCAUUUCAGCCAAUCGCUCUGAGAGAAACGAUUCCAGAGUACUGGCCCUGCUCAUUUUAGAAGAAAACGACAGCGAGGAAUCAGGAAACAUAACCAAAGGUAACAAUUCACCGAUAAUAAUGCCAUGGAUAGACGCAGCCAAUCUUGGUGAUAAACAAGAUGAGGAUACGGACACGUCAGGAGAAUCUAAUUCAGAUGAAUAUCCCGAUUCAGGCGAAAGUGAUACCGACAGCGAAUCGAAUUUUUAUCAUGAAGACGACCAUAUUAAUGACGCAAUAAGUACAAUUGAUUUAGCAGAGCUCAAACAUUUGAAAGAUAAAUCCGAACUUUUACGAAAGAGAUGGAAAUCUUGUCGUAAGACAGCUGCUAAAGUAUGCAAGCAAGCGUGCAAUAUAUCUUACAAAAACGCUUGUAGUGAAUUUGAUUGUGAAAAAAAAUUAAAGAGGGCAAUGAAGAAAGAAUGCAAGAGAAAUUGCAAGGAUAUGUUUAUGUAAUUUACUGCAGGGUUGGUGCAGUGGCUGAGCA